CAGCUAACAGCAAGGAUUCCUGGUGGAGGGUGUCCACUUUCUCUCUCUGUGUGUUCAUAUUAUGGUCAGCUCUGCCAGGACUAACAGCCUGUUUCACUCUCAAAUGUGUUAGCAAGUGCUGGGAGUCCAUGGGCUGCAUGGGAAUCCCCCUGCCUUCAGAGAUGCAUGAAUCCUUGCGUGGAGGCUCCCAUGUGUUGCGUGUGCACGUGGAGGGCAGAAAGGGGUUGCAUGUGGGUGUAUCCCCCUGGCCCAAGAGCUGCUGUAGAAGACUGCAGGGAUAUUGACAUGAAUUUCCUUUUUUUUCUUGCUCGAUUUCUUCCCUUUUCUUUUUUUUUUUCCUGGCUGUCUUGUUCCUCUCUCCUGAUUUACCGCAAGCGCUCACGUGGCCUUAGAAAGGGGGGUUCUCAAACUGCUUUGCUUCCAAAAGGAAAAGAAGCUGGCUGGCAUUCAUAUUUCACUUCUUGAGUUAUGUAGGUUAAAGUCUCCCAGUGGGAAAACGGAAGAUAUGAGAGAGCAGAUUGCUGGUGGCGACACUUGCUGGGAAGAAAACGGAAAAAAAGGAGCACAGAACUCUAGAGCUACAUCCGGACGAAUGUGAGGUCUGAGAGGUGAGAGAUGUGAUAGAAAAUUGCUGCUAGCACAUGAAUUUCCUGCAGAACGUCCCUUUCCACCAGCACCAGCAUGCAGAACAACUACUCCCUGGCUGUCACCACCAGAGAAACUCUUCAAGCCCUCUCUACAGCACUGACAAACUCGUCGGCUGUGUUACUCUCCCCCCCUCCCUGCCCUCUUACCUCUUCAGAUUAUCAGUUUUCACUGAUUCCAGCACUCUUCUCUGUGGUUUUUGUUGUGGGAUUGAUUGGCAACAGUGUGGUGGUUGGGGUGCUUUGUCGUCACACUAGUCCCAAAACAGUUGCUAAUAUUUACAUUUUCAACCUGGCCAUGGCAGAUCUGCUGUGCCUUGCUACCCUUCCCUUCUGGGCCACCUACUAUGCCCAGGGAUACAACUGGCUCUUUGGGUCUCUCAUGUGCAAGAUCUCCAGUUCUGUCCUGUGCUUGAACAUGUUUGCGAGUAUUUUUUUCAUUACGUGCAUGAGUGUGGACCGGUACCACGCCAUUGUCCAUCCUAUUCACUCCCAAAGAAGGACUCUACAACAAGCUUAUUUUGUAGCAUCAGUUGUGUGGGGCCUUGCCUGUUUGUCCUCCCUCCCAACUUUUUAUUUCCGAGACACUUACUACAUCGAAAGCUUGGGGGUCAAGGCUUGCAUUAUGGCCUUUCCUUAUGAGAAUUAUGCAAAAUGGUCUGUGGCAACAGCCUUCCUGAAAAAUGCCCUCGGCUUCUUCAUCCCCUUGACAGUGAUCACCACCUGCUACAUCUGGAUCAGGAGGCACUUGCUUAAAGCACGGGAGUUUCGGAAAAGAAAGCAGAAGAGGGACAAAGUGCUAAAGCUGGUUGCUGCUGUUGUUGUGGCCUUCUUAAUUUCCUGGCUUCCAUUCCACAUUUUAACCUUUUUGAAUGCCUUGGCUCAUAUGAACAUCAUUAACAGCUGUGACGUGAUAGGGAUCAUUGACACGGCACUGCCCUUUGGCAUCUGCAUGGCAUUUGCCAACAGCUGCAUCAACCCUUUGCUGUACUGCUUCAUUGGGAACCAGUUCCAGCAGAAGCUCCAUCGCUUGUUUAAGAGACGAGUUUAUCAGUUCAACAGCCAUCGAGAAAGCUCCUCUUCAAGGAAGGGCAGCUGCUUCAGAGAAACUGAGACUGCCAUGGGCAGGGAAAGAGAACCUGAGUCCUUCCUGUAGGCUCUGGGGCAUGAUGUAGGACAAUGUCAGUGCAGCUGGUUGUCCCUGCAGUGAUGACAUUCCUCUCCCCUCUUCCCUUUGUUUUGGGCCCAUUCAUUUACCAGCUGCUUGAAGGAGAAUCUGUUUUUAUCAUACAUGAGGAUUUAUUCCUCCUUUCUGCAAUGAGCACUCAACUUUUACAUAGAAGAAAAGUUCAGACAAAUAAAUAUAUUGAUGGUAUUUUAAAUAUCAUCUUUUUGCGUGGCUGGGAACAGGCAAGUGUUAAGUGUGACACUAAAAGACUAAAUAUACCAAAGGACUGUUGCACGACAGCUACAACUGCGUAGGUGCUGAGUAUUAUACCCUAAGCUGAUUUUCUAAAAGAGAUUCUCACUAGAGAAUGUGUAAAUAAAGAAGGUCAGAUA